AUGAUGCCGACACGCCGGCCGUUCUUAGAGCAAAGAGCUGAGCGACAGACAAGUGCUGCCCGGUUGGUCACUGUCAACAGAACAAUGUGGAUUCUGAUUCUUCUCAUCUGUUCCCUGCCCGUUUCAGAUGCAUUGUGGGCAGAGAAAUCUGAAAGAGGAGUUGUGGGAGGAGCGAUCACAAUCAAUUGUCACUAUAAAGCAAAGUACUGUUCAGACACAAAGUAUUGGUGUCAUGGAUGGACUAUCCACCGUUCAGUUUUAGUGGAAACAAAAGGGCAACACGGAUGGAGUGGACGAGUGUCAAUCACAGAUAAACAGAACCAGAGCAAGAGAAAAUUUACUGUUACUAUGGAGGAUCUUCACUCCGGAGAUACAGGAUGGUACAGCUGUGGAAUUACAACACCAGGGACCGAUCCGAUGUUUAAUGUUCAUCUACAAGUAUCUGAUGAACCCGUGUCUGUUCCUGUGUUUUGAUACCUGUCACCAGCAAAUGUCUCACGUCUCGGGGGCUCAGUGUCAGUUUCCUGUGAGUCCUUCCAGGGAUCCCUUCCCAUUCACUACACAUGGCAUGAACAAACCUCAUCUGGGUAUCGAAAGAUCUCAGAGAGCAAAGAACUGGCUCUGCAUUGUCAAUCAUUCAACCACCAGCACCAUCAAUAUUACUGCAGAGCCUCGAAUCAGCUUGGAGCAAGAUCCAGUGGAAUAGUUAAAGUGACAGUCUUCAAGAACAGAGAGAUCUGCAGUUAUGUGACAGAAAUCAAUGGCACCAGGCCCAAUGUAUUUGCACGCCUCGUUCCCUACAGUGUGCUUUAUGGGCAGAAGAUAAAGUAA